AUGCAUGCCCACAACAUGUUUGACAAUUCACUCUUGUUGACGCAUUUGGCAGGCCGAAUCCAGGCCCGGGGCCUGAAGCCACUGGCAGCCCCACUGGCGAGCCACGCCAAGUUCUCGGCGCUUUGGGUUUCCAUGUCCGUCCUCGCCAAUUACGCCUUUGCGUAUAAAAUCAGUGUAGCAAUCUUUACCCUGAUCCGUUCGUGCAACAUCAUCGCCACCGUGCUGCUCGGUUACACGGUCUUUGGGGAGCGCUUCUCAGCAGAGCAACUGCUUUGCGUCCUGGCCGUCACUGUGGGAAUCUUUCUGGCCUCGUUGGGCGAGAUCAAGACGCUGAACACCAGUGGCCCCACCUCGGCCGAGUGCAGUUCAUUAGGCACUUGCACAGAGAUCACGACACGUGCGCCGGAUGGGGAUGUGGAGCUCGCUACCUGGGCCAUCGGUAUUGCAAUGCUGGCUUUCGUGCAGUUGCUUCAAGGCUUUCUCGGACAUGUUCAGUCCAGUUACUACAAGAUAUACAAGGACCUGGCUCCAAAGAACGAGCUGUGUGAUGAGUUCCUCUUCACCUCGCAUGUGGCGGCGCUCUUGCCCCUCCUUUGCUUGAAGGAUGACAUCCUGGCGGCAGCACGAGCAGCCAUGGCUUCGGAGCCUGUGCCAUAUCUGCCAUUCCAUCUCCCAAGGCAAAUUCUUUGGCUGCUGGUCAACAAUGUGUCACAGACAAUCUGCCUGAAGGGGGUCUUCCGCACCAGCGCCACGGUCACCCCGCUGGCGCUGACAAUUAUCCUCUCUGUUCGCAAAUUUCUAUCGGUGGUGGUCUCCAUUGUUCUGUUCAGCAACCCGUGGACCCCCCAGCACAGCGCAGCGACAGUGCUGAUCUUUGGCGGCGCAUUUGCCUACUCCCAAGUCCGCGAGGCCCGUCCAGCCACAACCGGAGACAACAAGAAAGGCUGCUUAGCAGAUGCUGCUGCCAAAGUGGAUCGGAUUAUUCUCCGGUCACAGGUUCUGCGAGUACUUCGCACACUUGAGCCACUCGAGCAAUACGAGCUGCGCACUUGGUUGGACAAGGUGCGGCCACACUCCGUAUUGGUGGGCCACACGAUCACCCAACGGAGUGCAGAAGGCGAGGUAGUGGAGGUGGCUCGGGGCUGGGCUGUGCUGAUCUUCCUGCAGAGUGACAGGGUAAUGGAGGUGCCCGAUGCCGGCCGGCUUGCCGAGCUGGCUCUGCCGGAGCCGGAGUGGACACAUGGCGACAUGGUAGCAGCAGCGCCACCAGACUGCUGGCAACACAGGACAUGUGUGGCUGCGGUGGACCUGGACUUGCACGGAUGUGUGCAUGAGGCAACCUGCCUGGCAUACAUGGAGCGCUGGCGGUUUUAUGCCGCAUCAGCUCAAGGCUACCCGAGCUGGCUGAACGAAGCAGUCCUUCGUGCUCGAACUCGGCAAGCCUAUGUGGCCUAUGCUGGCUAUGCUGGUGCCGGUGAUUGCAUCCUGGUUCGCUCCUGGGUGAUUCCGGCUCCGACCACACAGGACACCAGCAUCAUGCUUGCGUUUGAAGUACAGGCCAGUGGUGGAAAGGAAAUCGCUGGCAGAGCGAGCCCGUUGCUGCUGCGGGGCUGCUUAGUCUUGGACAAGGUAGCUUCGGUGUGCGGCAGCCCAAGUCAAACCACCAAGUCGAGCUACAUGCGGACAGGUCCCAGGCUGCAGGAAGAGUUGAGCCGUCUCCAAGGCAUCUCCGAGGACUUGCAAGAAGAGCUUGCUGUUGUGUGCGAGCAGAGGGACCUGGCUCGCGCCCACGAGGAAGAGCUCUUCUACGUUAUUUCCGGGAAGGACGAGGAGCUGUUGCAUGCGCAUUCGGCCUUAGCAGAUCUCGCGGAGCAGAUGAAGGACCGUCAGCUCGAGGAUGAUGCUGCUGAGCUUCUGGACAGUGAGAUCGCGGGCUAUGCGCGGCAGCUCCAGGACCUUACAGCCAAAGUGCAACAGCUGGAGGAGGAGAAUGCUGAGCUGCGGGCAGAGCGAGAUCGGACAAACCGCAAGCGCGAGAAGUUGGUCGAGCAGAAGCAGGAGCUGCAGGAGAAGCUGAAGCAGUCGGAACAAGCCCGACAGGCGGCUCGCGAUCGAGUGGAGCAAAUCCUGAACAAGCGGGAAAAGAAAAGGAACAGUGGGGACAGCAAAGACGAUCGCGUGGCGGAGGACUUGCUGAGCUCGUUAUCGGAGCUGGGACCGCCCGAGAAGCCCAAAAGACACCUCCAUCGUUCCCGCACUGUUGGUGCCAUUGCGGGCGGAGGCGCCGCCGCUGCCGAGGCGCUGACCGCCAUGAAGCCGGUUGCUCGAUUAGAUGCCGAGCCAGGGCCUUCCAGCAUGCAGACACCUGCCGAGGCCAUGCUCCCAGUCUUCGGCAUGCCUGACACGCCGGUUCUAACUCAGCGUCCCUUGGCUCGCAGUUUUGGUGCUGGAGGCAUGCUAGCGCGCAACGUGGCCCCAGAAGACGUGGCAGACAUCUUGCAAAUCCCGCUUUCUCAGGUGCAAGAAGCCAAGGGCGCCAUGGAACUUACCGGCUCGACGUGUUACGAGGAGACAGGAGAAAGUCCGCUCGAAGAGGAUGAAGAUGGAGCGGAUGAAGAGCCCUUCUCCCCAGUAUUCGUGUCGCCGGAUGGCCCCAGCCUCGAAGUGCCAACCGCUGAACCUGAAGCUGACGAG